GCGGAAGACCGAGUUUCAGCGACCAGCCUACCGUAGCGCGCAGGAGGGCGUCCAAGUUCAGGUCCGGAGCGAUGGCACGAUUGACGUUUCCGAUGGCAGCGCUGGCUGCCGUGCUUCUGAUCGCUGCUGCAUCCACCGCCAGCGCGGAUUGCCCGCCCAAGGUGACCAUAGACUACGUCACUUAUGCCGGCACCGGCUGCAACUGGGGGAACACGAACUACGUGAUUUCGCCGGACUAUUCCACCGUCACGUUCAUCUUCGGCGGCAUGGUUGCCACAACCGACGCAGGGCUCGCCGAGAAGAGGAAGUUCUGCCAGCUCUCCUUCGCGCUGAAGUAUCCUGACGGGUGGAUUUUCACGCUGGGGAAGGCGACCGGCCGCGGGUUCGCAGCCAUCGGCGCAAACUCGCUGGGCGUCUACGAGUCGAGCUACUACUUCUCCGGACAAACGGGCACGCCCACCAUCAGCCGCACAUUCUACGGCCCGCAAAGCAGGAGCUUCGAGGCCACGGACCGCUUCGCGACCUUCGUGUGGAGCCAGCGCAACAGCGUUCCCAACCUGAACAUCAAGACGGUGGUCAGGGUGCAAGGCCGCAAGGCCGCAAUGUUUCUCGACUCCCAAGACACCAAGUUCCGUCUGGCCUUCGCCAUCCUCUGGAAGAGGUGCUAAGCAGCGAACCACAUCAUCUGUCAGGGUGACGAAGUCCGGCAGCAGGAGGGCGAGAGGAGAGGACAUUCGUCUUCAAAGCAUCGUCUGCUGUGAAGAGUCCGAUGAGACGGAGGAACGGCAGGUUGUACCAGCUUUGGGAAAGGCGAUCUCUGCAGUAACGAGUGCCAUAACACUGUGAAGGGACGAAUUCCAGGGCCUUCCGCCCUUCUAGUAGUUGUAGAUGGAGCAGGCAAGGAGUCGAUGGUUGCAAGUAUAGCCCAAGCAGGGCACUCGCCCAUCUCAGUAGCUCAGUUUAUUGGGUUAUAUGCUGUUCGUCCCUCUUCGCUGCCAUACACUUGGUAUGGCUGCUUAAUAUACUUGCGGACUCAUAG